GGGAUUGUGUCCAGUUCUGGAAUCCUCAAUGUAAGAAGGAGAUGGAACUGUUGGAAUGUGUCCAAAGGAGGCUACAAAGAUGAUCUGAGGUCUGGAGCACCUUCCCACAAGGACAGGCUGAGGGAGUUGGGCUUGUUCAGCCUGGAGAAGAGGAGGGUCAGAGGAGACCUUAUAGCGACCUUCCAGUACCUGAAGGGGCUGCAAGAAAGCUGUAUAUAAAGGCUUGUGGUGAUAGGACAAGGGGGAAUGGGUAUAAACUGGAGAGGGGCAGAUUUAGACUGGACAUUAGGAAGAAUUUCUUCACUAUGAGAGUGGUGAGGCACUGGAACAGGUUGCCCAGGGAAGUUGUGGCUGCCCCAUCCCUGGAGGUGUUCAAGGCCAGGUUGGAUGGGCCUUGGGCAGCCUGAGCUAGUGUGAUGUCCCUGCCCAUGGGAGGGGGUUAGAACUGGAUGAUCUUUAAGGUCCCUUCCAACCCAAACCAUUCUCUGAUUCUAUAAUAAAGGUGAUUUUGGGCCAGUACAGGCUCAGCAGUUGUUUCUCUAAUAACCUUGAUCCAUGUCUCUCAGACCCUAUCGUCCAGCUUGUGCUGAUGUUUUUCACUGCUUUCUCUUUUCAGGUUCUCGCUGAUGCCCAGGCUCCCUUGUGAUGAUGUCGUCACGAACAAAUCUGACUGCUGGGAUUCCCACUAGCAAAGUCAAAUAUUCCAAGCUCUCUCAGCACCGAUGAUGGAUAUAUGACCUGCAGUUCAAGAAGAGCCCACCCAAAAUCCCCUACAAGGCGAUCGCUCUGGCUGUUGUUCUCUUCAUGAUCGGGACCUUCCUCAUUAUCAUCGGAGCCCUCCUCUUGGCAGGAUACAUUAGCAAAGGCGGAACGGACCGAGCUAUCCCCGUGCUCAUCAUUGGGAUCCUGGUGUUCCUCCCAGGCUUCUACCACCUGCGCAUCGCAUACUAUGCUUCCAAAGGCUACCGGGGCUAUUCCUACGAUGAUAUCCCAGAUUUCGAUGAUUGACCAGUGUAUUUAAUGACUUUAUAAUUAGACUGGCAGUCAGAGCUAUUAAUAACCCUGGAUAUCCAAGAAGUUUGUCAGCCACCAGAUGCCAGAUAUUGGCUUUGAGGUGUUGCAGGUUCGGAGGGGGGCCUGAGCACAAGCAUUGACCAAAAGGAUUGCAACAUUGGGUGGGAAGAACAUGUGAUUUGUUGUUUUCCCCUUCUGAUUACACAUGCUGGUUGCUUGUAAGAAGUUCUUCUUGGGCAAAGCAAUUCUCGCAGUUUUCCAGAAACAGAUAAGCCAGUUUCAGCAGAGCUGUUUUUUUCCUAACUGUUUAUAUUAUAGAGGUUUUUUUAGUUUUCACCGAGAUCGCGGGUUUCGGUGGGUUUACUUUUGCAGACAAACAUCAUGGCUGUAUUCUCUGUAUAUUUUGCUCUCUGUCCAUCAGAAAUGCUUCCAGUCUGCUUGUCCCAUGCUUGUCUGGGGUAACAAAAGUCAGACAUGUACAAGAGGAGAAACUGCAUGACAUAGUUUACACAUAGUGCAUGUGCUGCUCGGCUCCUCUUGUCAGACCAAGCUUAUUUAUUUACCAACUUCAUGUAACACCAACUUCAGAUGCAAGCCCUUUCCCAGGCCACUGCUGCUUUUCACAAAACCCACUUAUCCUUUAAAAGGACUGUCAUUGGAUUUUGCUAAUUAUUUUAAAUGCAUGGAUAUAAGGAGAAGAAUUGGAAUCUGGACGGGGAUGCAAGUGUCUAAAUACCAAAAAUCAUGGGUCUGACUAGUGUGGAUGUUGGAGACACUUGAGUUCCAGCUGCCCGUGUGUAUAUUUGGAAUCAUUUUGUCCUUCUUUGGCUGAUAUGCUGUGCAUAAGUCUCCAGACCAGCAGAAAGGAAAUCUCUGUACCAUUUGUACUGAACUGACCCCGUUUCUGUUGCUUUGCAAGCUGCAGGGGUGGCUUAUUCAGGGAAAAGAGAUGGGUAGCUCUAUUUUAUGUAAAGCAGUCUGUCUGCUGAGAUGGGAAUGAACUUGCUGUCCUGGAGAACAAGUACGUGACAAGCAGUGAUGCAAGCAGAUGUACUGAAUCUGAAUAAACCUCGCUGUAUUCUGCGUACGAACCACGGGCUUGUCUGUCACAUUCACAGGCCUCGGUGUGCACUAGAAUUGUUCUGGGCAACCAGAUUAAGGCUUUAGCUGAACCUGCAGUUGCCGACUGCUUCCAAUUGCUAAUGUUGUCCCUGCAAUCAGCGUUGGGCUUUGCUGAGCUAGCAGAUUUGGAACAACUCCAUCUGCUCUCCAGGACCCUUGGCUGGCUUCGGGGCAGAGCCAGGGGGCUGGGAUUGCCCUUCCCAGUGCAGCAACGCAGAGCGCCCUGGGUGCUGCUUCAGAAGGUCAGGAUUUGCUUUUUGAACCUCACAGGCAGUUGUUAUAUAUGCGCAGAUCGCAGGCUUCUCAUUGCUUUGUUUCAGGGUCCAAAUAUCCAGUUGCUUUUGCUGUGCAAUGGAACAGGAGUGGUGUCUGUUGGAAUAGGGUGCGCAGGCUGGUACUGCCACUCCUGAACUGCCACAGUGCCACUUUUGAAAGGCAGAGGGGCAGGAAUUACUGUUAGUGCUGAGCAGGUCUGUGGAGACGGUGAGAUGAGAACAGGGCUAGAUGAACGCCUUGCUCUGAAAGUACCUUUUUUCACCUCUAAUGUUCUAGAUUAAACCCAGGCCUGAGCCAAGGUCUUUUUUUAACCUACAUUACUUCCCUACUUCAACUUAAUUGGUUUGAGCGUGACCCAGUGUUGCUCUCUGAGGAACAACCGAUUGGAUUCAGGAUCUCCCUUUGCAUCUCUGAAGGCAACAACUGUGCACGUUCUCCCCUGCUCUGCUGCGUCAUGCCAGCCCUCGCCCAUCUCACAGUCCUGGCUCUGCUGGCCCUGCUUCCCAGCUGAAAUGUGUCAGUUAGAGCUGAGGCUGGCCAGGAGAGCGGGUGCUGACGCAGAACCAUGCAUCAGCCUCUAUUAUGGAUUAAGAAUGUGGAUUUGUUUGGGUUAGGAAAGGGGAGAGGAAGUGGAAGGGAAGUUUAGAUGGAAAAAGAAAAGGAGGAGGGCAAAGAUGCUUUCAAGAAAGUUGGGAAGCCUGGGUUGCCUAAGAAGAACAAGUAAAUGCAGGGGACAGGAGAAGACUGGGCUGAUGUUUCUGGAGGAAAGGCAAUUAAUUGGGCAGCCGGAUCUACUGGGACGUGUCCCUGCCUAAGGCAGGGAGUUGGAACUAGGUGAUCUUUAAGGUCCCUUCCACCCAAACUAUUUCUAUGAUUCUAAUUAAUUUACUUUGCAGUUUGACAGAGGCAAAGUCCUCGGGCAGCUCAGUGUAUGAAUAAGAGCAGUCACUGCCCUAAUG